ACCACCGGAAGCGUGCCGUUCAGGAGGACGCCCCCUCUCAUUCAUCCAGCAAAUGGGGCGAUGUAGCAGUAUUUUUAUUUUAUUAUUCAAUUUUAAGUGAAUAUUUUCACAAAUAUGGCUACAAAGCGCAAAGUAGAAGUGAUUGUUCCUGCUGAGGAAAGUGACCAGCUCCUUAUUCGCCCGCUUGGGGCUGGUCAGGAGGUCGGGAGGUCAUGCAUCAUCUUAGAGUUUAAAGGAAGGAAAAUAAUGCUGGACUGUGGCAUUCACCCUGGCUUGGAGGGGAUGGAUGCUCUUCCCUACAUAGACUUGAUCGACCCAGCUGAGAUAGACCUGCUGCUCAUCAGCCAUUUCCACCUGGAUCACUGUGGAGCCCUGCCCUGGUUUCUCCAGAAGACCAGCUUUAAAGGCAGAACCUUCAUGACCCAUGCCACAAAAGCCAUUUACCGGUGGCUACUGUCAGACUACGUCAAAGUCAGCAAUAUCGCUGCAGAUGACAUGCUGUACACUGAGACUGACUUGGAAGAGAGCAUGGAUAAGAUUGAAACCAUCAACUUCCAUGAGGUCAAAGAAGUGGCUGGAAUCAAGUUCUGGUGUUACCAUGCGGGGCACGUGCUGGGAGCUGCCAUGUUUAUGAUUGAAAUAGCUGGAGUCAAGCUGCUUUACACGGGAGACUUCUCUCGACAAGAAGACAGGCACCUAAUGGCAGCUGAGAUUCCCAGUGUCAAACCUGACAUUCUUAUCAUAGAGUCGACCUACGGCACCCACAUCCAUGAAAAGAGGGAGGAGCGAGAAGCUCGCUUCUGUAACACAGUCCAUGACAUUGUCAACAGAGAAGGCCGCUGUUUGAUUCCUGUGUUUGCCUUAGGACGGGCCCAGGAACUGCUGCUCAUCCUCGACGAGUAUUGGCAGAACCACCCAGAACUCCACGACAUUCCAAUUUACUAUGCUUCAUCCCUGGCUAAAAAGUGCAUGGCUGUGUACCAGACCUACGUCAACGCAAUGAAUGACAAGAUCCGCAAAGCCAUUAACAUUAACAACCCUUUUGUUUUCAAGCAUAUCAGCAAUCUCAAGAGCAUGGAUCACUUUGAUGACAUUGGUCCCAGUGUGGUGAUGGCGUCUCCAGGAAUGAUGCAGAGUGGAUUGUCCAGGGAGCUUUUUGAGAGUUGGUGCACUGAUAAAAGGAAUGGGGUCAUCAUAGCUGGAUACUGUGUGGAGGGUACGCUGGCCAAGCACAUCAUGUCUGAGCCAGAGGAGAUCACCACCAUGUCAGGACAGAAGCUUCAGCUGAAGAUGUCGGUGGACUACAUUUCCUUCUCUGCCCACACAGACUACCAGCAGACCAGCGAGUUUAUCAGAGCACUCAAGCCACCACAUGUGAUCCUGGUCCAUGGGGAGCAGAAUGAGAUGGCCCGUCUGAAGGCUGCACUGAUCAGAGAGUAUGAGGAUAAUGACCAAGUUCAUAUUGAAGUCCACAAUCCACGCAACACAGAAGCUGUCACCCUCAAUUUCAGAGGAGAGAAACUGGCCAAGGUAAUGGGCUCUCUGGCUGAUAAGAAGUGUGUUCAGGGUCAGAGGGUGUCAGGCAUACUGGUAAAAAAGAACUUCAACUACCACAUACUUAAUCCCUCAGACUUGUCUACUUAUACAGAGCUGGCUAUGAGUACAGUGAAACAGACCCAGGCAAUCCCCUUCACUGGACCGUAUUCGCUGCUCGUCUGCCAUCUGAGGAACCUCACCGGUGAUGUAGAGGAGUUGGAAGGAACUGAGAAGAACACUCUGAAGAUCUUUAAAAGCAUCACUCUGAUCCACACGGCUGGUAUGGUUCUGCUGGAGUGGAUCGCUAACCCUCUGAAUGACAUGUAUGCUGAUGCUGUGACGACUGUAGUUCUGGAAGUCCAGUCGAAUCCAAAGGCCCAGAAAGUGAUGGAGACCCAGAGUACCAGCAUGGACAUGGAUGUGUUCCAGACUCGACUUGAAGUCAUGCUGCAGGACAUGUUUGGAGAAGAAAGUGUGGAUUUCAGAGAUGGUAAAACAAUCUAUGUGACGGUGGAUACAAAGACGGUUCAUAUUUGCUGUGAAACAAGGUCUGUGUGCUACGAGGAUGAAUCCACAGAGGACGACUCCCUGAGAGAGAUGGUGGAGCUGGCAGUGCAGCGGCUCUACGACGCCCUCAAUCCUGUAAUCUGAGGGUGAGACAGCUGAGAAUCUGUGCCUAAAACUGGAUAACCUGAAUCACAAUGACUUAGACAUUAGUUUAACCUCCAUAGUGUUUUACUACCCGAACAGUGUUUUUAUUUAUAUUAUUGAGGUGCAGCUGAUGGAUCUUAUGCUGGUCCCACGUUCUGAAAAGAAUAGUUCAGCCUUUUAAGAAUUGAUCCAAAUCCAUGACCAGAGAACAGAACCUCCACAUAAAAGAAGAAAUAAGCUACUUGGAAUAACGUUUUAAUAACUGUUUCAAAGCACUUUGAUGUAUUAUAUAAUUUAUUCAUAUGUUUUAAUGCACUGUAUGUGUGGUCUGACCUGAGUUACUAACGUGCACUGAUGUGAUGUUAUUUUUAUCUGUACUGUGAAUUCCUAAAUGCACUAAAUGUGUUUAUGAUGAAAACUCUAUUUGUGUUAAAUACAUUUUAAAAAAACAGAUGAACAUGAAUUUCACUGAUGCAUAAAGCAUUUAUUUGUCAAAUAUGUGGACAAUGUAACCACUGACCUUUACAAAAAAUAUUGUCCAAGGCAUGUUGUUUAAAUUAACUGUGGUAGGAGUAUAAAGGUAAAGUACAUUGCUACAAAUUUGCCAUAAAUAGCAAUAAACCAUCUUUGAAGCUUG